GGUGGUAGCUCACCUCAAGGAACAAAGAAAGAUGGGAGUUCUUUUCGAGAUAAUUUUGGGAAGAGGACCCGCCGUCAACAUGGUGGGUAUGAACUUCAGCCUUCACACCUCCAGAAGGAUGAUGGAAACGUGGAGAUGAGGGGAGUGCAGAAGUACCAAGUCAGACACACUCCCUAUACCAUAGGACAUGAGAAGAGGAGAGUGCAUUGGCAUAAUGAAGGCGGUCUCCAUGUUACUCUGUGGAGUAAUAGAAAACAUCUCAGGAGUGAAAUGCUGGAGAACAUACAAGAUCGAUCCCUGGGGAGUUGGUUCAAGGUCACAGUUGCCUGUGGAAGAAAGUAUGACAGGAAUUGGCUAAUGGAGUCAAUCCAGAGCCAUUGCAGUGUCCCCUUCACUCCAGUGGAUUUUCACUAUGUGAAAAACAGGGCCCAGUUCUUUGUCCAGGAUGCUAACACUGCCUCUGCAUUGAAGGAUGUCAGCUAUAAGAUUUGUGAUAAGGAGAACCGAAAGAUCGCUCUCUUUGUCAAUACAUCUGCUGUACCUUACUCUGUGCGGGAUAAGUUGGAGCCAGAAAAAAUGGAAAAGCUAAAGCUGGCCAUGAGCAAACGAUAUGAUAUCUCUCAGAAAGCUCUUGAUCUCCAGUUGCUCCGCUAUGACCCAGACUUGGUGGGCCAUGAUGUUGAUAUAAUCCUGAAUAGAAGAAACUGCAUGGCUGCCACCCUGCACAUCAUCAGAAAGAAUUUCCCUGAGCUGCUGUCCUUGAACUUGCACAACAACAGACUGUGCCAGCUGGAUGGCCUGUCUGAUAUUACACAGAUGGCCCCUGCAGUCAAGAUUCUGAACCUCUCCAAAAAUGAGCUUAACUCUACCUGGGAGUUAUGCAAGAUCAAAGGCCUGAAGCUUGAAGAGCUAUGGCUGGAAGAUAAUCCCUUGUGCCAUACCUUCUCAGAUGAGUCUACUUACAUAAGUGUCAUCAGGAAAUGUUUCCCCGAGUUGUCACGCUUGGAUGGCCAGGAUUUACCCCCACCAAUUACUGUUGACAUUGACAGACCCUACUUAAUAAAGCCCUUAAUAAAGGAAAGCUGUGAAGGUUCUGAGGUUCUGAAGACUCAAGUUCAGCAUUUCCUGCAGCAAUACUACUUGAUCUAUGACUCUACAGACAGACAGAGUCUCCUCGGUGCUUAUCACGAUGAGGCCUGCUUCUCCCUGACCAUACCCUUCAUUCCGGACGAUGCAGGCCCAAGCAGCUUGUUUGAGUACUUGAAGGAUAACAGGAAUAUGAAGAACCUCAAGGAUCCCAACCUGCGUUUUCAGCUGCUGAAACGUACAAAUCAUAACAUUGUGAGCUCCCUCUGUGUGUUUCCCAAAACACAGCAUGACCUCAGCUCCUUUGUGGUGGACAUGUGGUUCCAGUCGAAAAGCUUGCUCUUCUUCUGUGUCAAUGGGAUAUUCAAGGAAGUGGAAGGAAGGUCUCAGGGUUCUGUGCGUGCCUUCACCCGGACCUUCAUCGCUACCUUUACCAGCAAUUCCAGUAUGUUCAUUGUGAAUGAUGAGCUGUGUUUGAGGGAUGCCACCCCCAGUGAGACUCAGAGUGAAUUUUCCACCCAAGUGCCCACCCUCUCUCAGGAGCAGCAGGAAAUGGUGCAGGUUUCCUUCAGCCUGUCGCAGAUGAGCCUCUAG